AUGUCUGUGCCUGGACCUGUGAGAACACCUAAGAGGAGAUUAGUAGCCGCCAGCGGCAAUGUGUCUGCCUCUAGACACGGCGCUCAUCAAUCCGCACCUAGCCAAGGCACUCGUGGUAAUGUUACAUCAGGUAAUCGUGGUGGUGGUGUUCACGCACAGAAAGUUCCCACACGCCCGGUUGUUGUCCCAGCACAUGCAGCGGCUCAACCGAUCCCCUUCGUCCCACAGCCAGCGCCCGUACAACAACCGCGGGUCGUUCAACAGCAAGAAAUAGAAGAAGCACAAGUGGCUGAUGGUGAGGAGCCAAUCACUGAAAAAGAAUAUGUCGUUCGCGUGCCUGACGGUAUGACCGCCGAGGAGACACAUGCUGCACUCGACAAGGUCCUCUAUGCCAGCAGUGCAGUCAAGCGUCCAUAUAAUAGCAGCAGACUUGACGCAGAAUUUGGCGACGGGGGAGAAUUUUGCAAUGCUAUUAUAUCUCUUUCCCGGCUGUAUUUCUGUCGGUACCUACAGAUCCAUGAUGACCAAAUUGUCGUGAUCAUAAACAAAUCCUCAGCCAAUAAAGUCGAAGCCCAGGUAGAUGAUCUGCAAAUGAAGAUUGAGUCGGAAAAUGCCUGGAUUUCGGCUCUUGAGGGGAAGUAUCUCUGUGAUGCAUACGCUGCUUAUUAUAGUUUUGAGAAUUUUUUCCGGUUGAUGGGGACUACUCGUGCUGUCGUCGACUGGAAGACUACCCUUGAGCAGCCAAAGGCAGGGCCCCUCUAUAAGACAAUCUUUACCUACUCACUGGUAUAUUCUCAUAUGGGGCGUCAUGAUCCCCUGAAAUUCAAUAGGACAAAUUGCAUGGAUAAGAUUCGGCUCAUUGGCAUCAGGCCUCAAUAUAAUGAUAUAGGGCUUGAUAUCGUGAUUCUCCUGCCCAGCAAGCCACCUAGCAAGGUCCGGUUCCGCAAAACGAAGGAUAAAGAUCUCCUUACCAACGACGAAGCCUUCAUACCUUUCUCAGACGAUGAAGGAGAAGACAACGCGGAAGAGGGCUCUGAUGAUGCCACCAACGCUGCUGUUAUAGCCGCCAACCAGGCUGAUGAACCGUAUCGCGCAGACGAGAACGAGAUAGCGGAAGCACAAGAAAGUCAAGAAGUAGAGGAGGAGGAGGAGGAGGAAUAUGACAAUGGCUUCGUGGAUCCGCUGUAG